AUGUUUGACCACCUCGCGCUCUCCGUGCCGCAGGACAAGUACCCCGCCGUCGUCGCUUUCUACCUCGCGGCCCUCGCGCCGCUCGGCUACGAGAAGCUCGUGUCCCUGUUUGACGACAAGCUCGUGGGCCUGGGGGACAAGACCAGCCCUCUGGCCAACAAGGCGAAUUUCUGGCUGUCCGGCAUGGCCGAGUCCGCGGUGGACAAGAACUAUGCGCACUGGGCGUUUGCUGCCGACGAGCGCAGCAAAGUCGACGAGUUUUAUGCCAGGGCGUUGGCGUCGGGCGGCCAGGAUAAUGGAGCGCCGGGCCCGCGGCCACACUUUGGACCGCACUACUAUGCGGCGUUUGUGACGGACCCAAUGGGCAACAAUGUCGAGGUUGUGUGCCGCAAGGAGUAG